GCUCGCUCUAUACGUGCCCCCCAGGAGCUGCGCACGCCGCGCGGGCGCGGAAGGCAGGAAGGAAGACGAAGGAGGUGGUGGCGGAGGGGGAGGAGGAGGGCGGGGCGGAGGGUCAGGCAUUUGCGCCUUUGAGUCGAUCAGGAGGCCGCACGCGCAGCUGAGCUGACCAGCCCGGGUGAGGUACCUCCGAUCCCCCCACCGCACUGCCCCUCUCCCUUUCUCUGUCUGCCCUGCCCCAGUAGAGCUGUUGAGAACCGUUGGGGCUGCGGCUGCCUGCCUGCGUCAUCGCCCACCCCCUUAUUCUUCUCUCCUUCGGAAAAAGGGGGACCGGCCAGGAGACCGGGGAGGGGCCUUAGAGGUCAUCUAGCGCGACCCGCCUUUGCUUUACCGAGGUUCUGGGGCGGUGGGUAACGACUUCCCCAAAGUUAGAAGCAUUUCAGAAAUAAUCAGUGAGCCCGUUGCAACACCAUGCUGGCAGCAAGAUUUGUGUGUCUCCGGACCCUGACCCUACCUUCCAGGACUCUCCACCCAACACUCACAAAGACCUCUCCUGUUCUGAGGAAUUCCAUUCUGAAGACAAAUCAAUGGCUCUUGCAAUCCAACAGGGGCUAUGCCACCAAAUCAAGAUUUGGGGUCCGACGUGGAAAAACUGGCCAAGAAAUUAAGGAAGCAGCAUUCGAACCAUCAGCAGAAAGAGUGUUUAAAAUUGAUCAGAUGGGAAGAUGGUUUGUUGCUGGAGGAGCUGCUGUUGGUCUUGGAGCACUCUGCUUCUAUGGUUUGGGAAUGUCAAAUGAGAUCGGGGCUAUUGAAAAAGCAGUAAUUUGGCCACAAUAUGUGAAGGACAGAAUUCAUGCCACCUAUAUGUAUUUCGCAGGGAGUGUUGGUUUAACAGCAUUGUCUGCCUUAGCAGUUAGCCGAUCACCUGCUUUAAUGACCUUUAUGAUGAGAGGCUCUUGGUUGACGAUUGGAGCAACUUUUGUAGCCAUGAUUGGAGCUGGAAUGCUGGUUCGGUCAAUAUCAUAUGAACGGAGCCCAGGCCUAAAACAUCUUGCUUGGAUGUUCCAUUCUGGUGUCAUGGGUACAGUGGUGGCCCCUCUGACUUUGUUGGGUGGCCCUCUGAUCCUCAAAGCUCUCUGGUACACAGCAGGCAUUGUGGGUGGCCUCUCUACUGUCGCCAUGUGUGCUCCAAGUGAAAAAUUUCUAAACAUGGGAGCACCACUGGGAGUGGGCCUGGGUGUUGUUUUUGUGUCUUCUUUGGGAUCUAUGUUCCUACCACCUACCACUGCACUUGGUGCUGGUCUUUAUUCUGUGGCAGUGUAUGGUGGAUUAGUUCUUUUUAGCAUGUUUCUUCUAUAUGAUACCCAAAAAGUCAUCAAGCGUGCAGAAAUAACGCCCAUGUAUGGCACAGAAAGAUAUGACCCCAUUAACUCCAUGAUGGGAAUCUACAUGGAUACACUAAAUAUCUUUGUGCGAGUAGCCACCAUGCUAGCAACUGGGAGCAACAGGAAGAAAUGAACUGAUUACAUUUUGAACUAUCCACAGACUUCGUCAGAUACCCUUGCUUGUGUUCUUGGUGUGUGUACUUAAUAAAUCAUUUCUUGUACAAGCACUUUGGUUGAAGUCAGAAGUUCAGAGCCACUUCAGCAUGGUUAAGAUACUCCAGUACAAUGUGAUACUUCAAGUUCUACCUUUCAAGUAAUUGCUAAUGGAAAAGUAGUAUCACUUUGUUUGAACAUUCUGUUGGUUGUCCAUCUUUUUACUUGUUUCAUAAUAUUAUUUAACAAAGACUCUUAUUGCAAUCUAAAAAGGAGUCAAGUGCGUACAAGAGAAAGCCCCAGGAUAGAUGUCGAGGACCUGCCUGUCUCUAGUUUUAGAUUUAGCUGUAAGUGUUAAGUGAUUGCCACUUGCUACCUGGCAGUUGAUAGGGUUUAUUGGGUCUAGUUAUUGAUGUAUAGCUGUCUUUAACAUAAUUAGCACCCACCUGAUUUUCAGGUGAAACAUCUAUCCUAAAAAGAUAGCCAAGUGUCAUUGUCACAAUACCUUUGGAAUAUCAGUAUAAUAGUCAUAUUUCAAGUAUAGGAAAGGUACUUUGGCCAUCCAUCCAGUUCCAAAAUGUUAACCUCCCCCAAGUAUUCCUAUCAUAGUUUAUAAGUUCUGUUUUUGAAUCAUCUAGAACAAUUUAUUUUGAAAUAUAUUUUGCUUUAAACUUAAAGCUUCAAAAUUGACACAGAUAGGUGUUGCUUUUUCAACGUAGGUCAAAGAUUGUGGCUUGUCUCUUGUUUGUCAUUUAGGAUGUGGAAUCAUUUUCCUUUCCAGCACUAUCAGAGAUCAAUGUUAUUGCAUCCCUUCCCCACUAAAUGCUAAAAUUAGAGGCCAAAUUAGUUCUGUCUUCAUAAAAUACUGUUUUUAUUCAUGUUAAUUUUUCCCCAGACUUCCCCCCUCAGUCCAUUAUUAAUCUAGAAACAACUUCCUUGUAAGUAAAGCUUGUAAAUUUGUGACAUAGAAUUAAGUUAUUUUUGAAAGUUUUUUAAUGAAUGAAAUCCAAGUCUGUAAAAUUAUUGCAAUGAUAUAAUUACUAUUCCUGGCAAGAUGUGUUUGUCACCAGCUAUCCAGAAAUAGCUAAUCUAUCCAUUGGAGAGAUAUGAUGUCCUUAUUUCUGAAAUAAUAAAGAUGUGGCUUGAUAGUU